GAGAGCUCAAUGGCCAAAUACGACGUCCUGAUGAGCAAGUGAGGCUGCUGCUCUGGCAAGUUUUUGCCGUACCUCAGGAUCCUUUAAGUUUUAAGUAGAAGUUGUUCCUGCCGCUCUUUGCACUUUAUUUAUUUUUUUUCUACAGGUUCUUUUCCUCCUCUUCUUCUUUUUUUCCAUCUUUAAGUUUGUCCUGUCGCCGAGGGUCUCCAGCGACGGGCUAUUUGUGGAGAAGAACCAAGACUGUUGCAACUUUUGCAUCCCCAAAGUUCUGCCCAAGCCCCUCUCUUGUCUUGAACGCCCACCUUUGCCUCUCUUGCUCAACAGACGCUCUAACAUUCAGUCGUCUCCUGUACACACUCGCCUCCCGUCGUUGUCAUUGUCGCGCUACCUUCUUCUCUUCCGUUUUUCUCUCAUCAGUCCAAGAAGGACAGAUUUAGUUUCCCCCAAAACAGUCCCCACACUGAUCUCCACGCCCUUCCCUAAGUCCCUAUCUUCUCUGGCCCCCUCAUGGGCACCGUAUCACACAACAGCGCCACAUUCCCUUCGUCGCCACUGAGAACCUCUCGUCACCCCUAACUGCUUUGCCAACGCAAACACCGACUUAAUCCAAUGGAGACAAAAGAUAUGAUGAUGACGAGCAUGCCAACAGCGGAUAAAGGGGAGAACGGGGUAGAGAGUGGCAAAGGAGGAGAAGGGGUAGAAGGGCAAGAGGAGGAGACACAGCAGGAAAACGUUAGUUUGGUUCUGGCUGAUGGACUUGGCGACAGAGGACCAAAGAGCCUGACCUCUGGCUCCGGUCAGCAGGUGUCCAAUGGCUACACAACAUCCACCCCUCAGAGCCCCAGGGAGGGAUCUGAACAGAGGACAGCGCCAGGGGCAGCCUCCGGACCCGCAGGGGGAACCGGGUCAGCGGGCCCGGUGGGGGGCCUGAGAACUCUGGUGGUCCAGACUAGCUUAGAGAGGCCCAGAGAGACCUGGAGCAAGAAGAUGGACUUCCUGUUGUCUGUGAUCGGCUAUGCCGUGGAUCUGGGCAACGUCUGGCGAUUCCCAUACAUCUGCUACCAGAAUGGAGGAGGUGCCUUUUUGCUGCCCUACCUGUUGAUGGCCGUGUUUGGAGGAGUGCCUCUGUUCUACAUGGAGCUAGCUCUGGGCCAGUUCCACCGCAGCGGCUGCAUCUCCAUCUGGAAACACAUCUGCCCCAUCUUUAAAGGAAUCGGCUUCGCCAUCUGCAUCAUAGCCCUUUACGUCGCCUUCUACUACAACACCAUCAUGGCCUGGGCCCUCUACUACCUGCUGUCCUCUUUUCGACCCACCCUGCCCUGGACCACCUGCACCAACAGCUGGAACACGGCCAACUGCAACCGCUACUUGUCCUCGGACCACAACGUGUCCUGGUCCAACUCGUCCACGUCCCCCGCCGAGGAGUUCUAUAAGCGCCACGUGCUGCAGGUCCACCUGUCCCCGGGUCUGCACCAGCUGGGAUCCAUCAGCUGGCAGCUGGCCCUCUGUUUGCUCUUCAUCUUCACCAUCGUCUACUUCAGCAUCUGGAAGGGAGUCAAGACGUCUGGGAAGGUGGUAUGGGUGACGGCAACAUUUCCCUAUCUGGUUCUCCUGAUCCUCCUCAUCCGAGGGGCCACGCUGCCGGGGGCCUGGAGGGGCGUCGUUUACUAUCUCAGACCUAGUUGGGAGAAACUGCUUAGCACUACGGUGUGGAUCGACGCAGCAGCUCAGAUCUUCUUCUCCUUGGGUCCUGGCUUCGGGGUGCUGCUGGCCUUCGCCAGCUACAACCCUUUUCACAACAACUGCUACAAAGACGCGUUGGUCACCAGCUCGGUGAACUGCCUGACCAGCUUUCUGUCCGGCUUUGUCAUCUUCACCGUGCUGGGCUACAUGGCAGAGAUGAGAAAGCAGGAUGUGGACGACGUGGCGAAGGACGCAGGCCCCAGUCUGUUGUUCAUCAUUUAUGCUGAAGCCAUAGCCAACAUGCCUGCUGCCACGUUCUUUGCCAUCAUCUUCUUCCUCAUGAUCAUCAUGUUGGGUCUGGACAGCACGUUCGCAGGCCUGGAGGGGGUAAUUACAGCCAUGCUAGACGAGUUCCCUCAUCUCCUCGCAAAGAGACGGGAGUGGUUUGUCCUUGGCCUUGUCUGCGUGUGCUACCUCGGGGCUCUGUCCACCCUCACAUAUGGAGGAGCGUUUGUGGUGAAGCUCUUUGAGGAGUACGCCACGGGCCCCGCCGUCAUCACUGUGGUGCUGCUCGAAGUCAUCGCUGUGUCCUGGUUCUACGGCACCAACCGUUUCUGCAACGACAUCCAUCUCAUGCUCGGCUUCUAUCCGGGUGGGUUCUGGAGGGUCUGCUGGGUGGCCAUCUGUCCCUGCUUCCUAUUGUUCAUCAUCAUCAGUUUCCUGGCGUUCCCCCCAGAGGUCAAGCUGUUCCACUACAACUACCCACCGUGGACCACUGUCUUGGGUUACUGCAUCGGGGUGUCCUCGUUCAUCUGCGUCCCUGCUUAUAUGGUCUACCACUUACUUAAUGCUAAAGGUCCAUUCAAACAGCGCCUGUUGAAAAGCAUCACUCCUCAGCCCAGCAACGACCACCACAGAGAUUUAUUCGUGACCAACGCAAUCUGACCGAACCCGCGCCGUCAGAAGAGGGCGCGAGACCCGGCGAUCCUGGAGCGCCCGCUUCUGCACAUGCCGCAAGACUACAGGGCAAGGGGGCUGUAUUCCACCUUUCUGUCAUCUGUUCAAAACAUCUCCUUCUCUCAUCUUCACUCUCCCGUCGAGAUCCAGAACCCCGGGGCUUGCUUUGGUUCUCUGUGCGGAUUCAGUUUGCAAGAACGCACGUUUUACUUUAAAACCCUUCGCUAAGUUCAGGGCAUACUGUAGCUUCAUCUCCCUUUCUUUAAAACUCCAGAAGUGAUAGAGGAACAGAUUUUUUUUUUUAAACCUUUAAGUAUGAUACAGUCAUGUGUUCAUGUAGACGUUAAAAACACACACUCAAACAGGAGAUGCUGCUCAUGCAGCUCGGUCAGAGCAGGUCACACGGAAACACUACUCUCCAUCAUCACAGUCGAUGAGCCUAGACUCAUACAAUGCCGUUUAGCUAUCCAUUCUAAUACGUAGCAAAAUUCAGGUAUUUUUACAUCUGUUACUGAAGCCAAAUAUGCCAGACUUGUUCUGUUGCUGUUUCCUAAACCUGUCGUCGCUGUCACGCUGUUGGUACUGUCUGCCUGUGUUCGCCUGAUGGAAUCUGGAGCGACCGGCAGACUUUUGCAAAGAGGUCCCAACACUGUGAAGCACUGGAAUGUGUGUGUGUGUGUGUGUGUGUGUGUGUGUGUGUGUGUGUGUGUGUGUGUGUGUGUGUGUGUGUGUGUGUGUAUGUGACGGACUGUUGCAGCAUCCAGAGGAAAAUGAAUCACAGACAGGAAAACCAGUGUGUUUCGCUCUGAGACGGCAAUGUGAGAUAAAUGUAUUUAUUUCCGAAUGCGUCAGUGCUGUCACUUUGUCUCGCCUCGGACGCUCUUGCACCAUCAUGGGAAACUGUGCGGAUGGUCCUCGUUAGAUCCCAACGAUGGAAGCCAAAUACGGAUCAGAGCUAAUACCAUUUCCAUUAUCACCUUCUGAAAAAAAAAACAAAAAAAAAAAACAAAUAAACAAAUCAGCAUUAAAGCUCUUUCCUUUCUACCAAAAGAGAAAAAAAGGUGUGCCUGCCUGCGUGUGUGUUUUUGAGAGUGUGUGUGCAUGUGUGUGUGUGCAGGAACAGGACAUAAAAUCUGUGGGAGCACUGUACAUCUACAUUUGUAAUUACUAGUCCUUCUUGGUAUUGAUGUAACUUAUCGUGAACACCUGCUUCCUCCUUCGAUGGGUGUGGAACUGCAUGUGCGUUCAGUGCUUGCGUGAUUGUCAGAAGCACCUUUAUGUGUGCCUGUCAAGGUGCGUGUACGUGUGUGUGUGUGUGUGUGUGUGUGCGCGAGAGAGAGGGAAAGAGAGAGAGCGUGUGCGUUAGUGUCCAUGAUGUAAACUCAUGUUGUAUUGUUAAAUGCCAAAAUAUCCCCACGAAGAGCGUCAACCUCCCCCCUCCUCGCCUCUUUCUCUCGCUCGAGCAUAUGUAAGAUCUCUGUAUGUCAAUCCACGGCUGUACUGAGAAACAUCUGUAUAGAAAGAAGAUAUAUAAAUAUAUGGGAAAUAAGAAAUAAUAAUAAUAAUAAAGAUAUAUGGAAGUUAA